AUGCGCUUCUCUGUCCUGGCUAUCGCAACUUUGUUUGCAUCAGGGUCGAUGGCCCAGAACGACUGCAAGCCCUAUGCUCUAUACUGCGGGUGGGCCUUGGGCGACAAAAUGAACUGGUCAGGGAUCCCAGACGCCCAAGCUCUCUGGGUUUGUGAUAGCAGUGGGCAGUCCGCUUCAUAUUACACACAUUGCAAGAAUGGCUGUAUUCCCGACGAAUCGGGCAAUGCCAAGUGUGAUAUUAGGACCGCAGCAACUGCUACACCGAGCACAACCUGCGCGACCAAACCAGGAGAAAAGACCGGAACCGCCACACCGCCUCACACGGGUUAUAUGGGUGCUUUCUAA